AUGGCCAGCUUUUUCGACAUCAAAGCCAGGAAGGCUGCCGCCGCCAAUGGCGCAGGCAAACAAGAAAAAAAGACGUCAGACACGCCACGGGCUCAGCCUUGGGUAGAGAAGUAUCGUCCAAAGAGCCUCAGCGAUGUCACCGCCCAAGACCACACGAUCACUGUCCUACAACGGACGCUACAGGCAUCCAAUCUCCCUCACAUGCUCUUCUACGGCCCACCUGGUACUGGAAAGACCUCCACGAUUCUUGCCCUCGCCAAGGAACUCUAUGGCCCUGAGUUCGUCAAACAGCGUGUCCUUGAGCUUAACGCGUCUGAUGAACGCGGGAUUUCCAUCGUUCGGGAGAAGGUCAAAGACUUUGCGCGUAUGCAACUGACCAACCCACCCCCGGGCUACAAGUCGCGCUACCCCUGCCCACCAUUCAAGAUCAUCAUCCUCGACGAGGCCGAUAGCAUGACACAGGAUGCCCAGAGCGCGUUGAGGCGGACGAUGGAGACGUACAGCAAGAUCACGCGGUUCUGUCUCAUCUGCAACUAUGUCACGCGCAUAAUUGACCCUCUGGCGAGUCGAUGCAGCAAAUUCCGCUUCAAGAGCUUGGAUCAGGGCAAUGCGAAGAAGAGGUUGGAGGAAAUUGCGCAGAACGAGGGUGUGCAACUGGACGAUGGUGCAGUGGAUGCGCUCAUCCAGUGCAGCGAGGGUGAUCUACGCAAGGCUAUCACCUUCUUGCAGAGCGCGGCGCGGCUCGUUGGUGCGGUCGCUGCCAAAGGCGGUGCUGAUGCCGACAGCAUGGAGGUGGAUACGAAGCCGGUCACUGUGAAAAUCAUCGAGGAUAUCGCUGGCGUGAUACCCCGUACUACUAUUGACAGGCUUGUGAAGGCAAUCAAGCCUCACUCAUCUGGAGAGGCAUAUUCAGCGGUGUCGAAAGUCGUGGAGGACAUGGUUGCGGAUGGAUGGAGCGCUGGGCAGGUGGUAACCCAGCUCUACCAGGUAAUCGUUUCCGACGAGACUGUUCCGGACAUUCAAAAAAACCAGAUCGUCAUGGUCUUCUCUGAGAUUGACAAGCGCCUGGUCGACGGUGCAGACGAACACCUCUCCAUACUCGAUCUAGCACUUCGCAUAUCAACCAUUAUGGCUGGACGGUAG